AUGGUUCCUUCGACAACUGCCGGCGGUGUGGAUAUCUCCGAAACAAGCAUUGGGAGUCCUAUGCCAACUGUAGACAUGACCGACAUGGAACUGUUACAUCAUUACUCUACCUCUACAUGUUAUACCAUCUCGCGGCAUCCAGUUUUGCAGACAAUCUGGCAAAUCACCAUCCCACAACAUGGGUUUGCCCCUCAGUCUCAGUUUGUCUUCCGUGGCAUCCUGGCACUUGCUGCGCUCCAUAUGGGUCAUAUAAAACCCGAUCUUCGAGCAGAAUAUUUUGCAACUGCAGAAUAUCACCACAAUGCGGCUCUGCAAAUGGUAUCCGCCGCCAUCCCACAUAUCAAUGAAGAGACUGGCCCGGCCAUUUACGUGUUUUCAACACUUACCUGCAUUAUAAUGUGUGCAAUGCGACAGAAUUCUAACGACUUCUGGGUGGCCAAUGAUUCUUUAUUCAAAUGGCUUGGCCUUAUUCGGGGUCACAGAGCUAUCAUUUAUUCAGUCAUUGAUACUCUCAGAUCUGGCCCCCUCGCGCCAAUGUUCGUUCUUGGCCGACGAAGGAAAAUAGCCCGUGAGGCGCGAUCUACUGAUGACCAGCCCUUCAUGGAGAACUUGCGACAAGAGAUUAUUGAGUCAGUGCCGGACCAGAAUGAGUUACAAUGCUAUCUAGAAGCACUUGACGAAUUGGCGAAAUCCUUUGCAACUGUCCUUGACCAAGUUGUGGAGAUUACUGAUGUGUUUAUAUGGCUUUAUGAAAUCUCAGAUGGAUAUUUGGAGCUACUGCGUCAACAAAAGCCCGAAGCACUUGUGAUCUUUGGUUACUUUUGUGUGGUCUCAAAACAGGUAGAAUCGGCUUGGUGGAUGGAAGGGUUUAGCAUUCCUUUAAUGCGUGCCAUCUAUUAUCAUCUGGAUGAAGAGCAUCGCUGCUGGCUUCAAUGGCCGAUCCAGCAGCUGGGCUGGGCCCCUUGCUGA